AUGCCCGGCUUUCUGCAUACAUCCAACUGGGUCGACGGCGUGCAUACGCUCCCGGCCGCCCAACGAAUACAGGUCAUCAAUCCAGCGACCGAGGCCACGAUUGGCACUGUGGACGCCACGUCGCGAGAAGCCGUCGACGCCAUCAUUUCAGACUCUUUGCACACCUUCCGCCGUGGCAAAUGGUCAAAGGCAGACGCUUCGGAGCGAUACUCCGUUCUGUCCAGAGCGGCAGCUCUGCUGCGAUCACGGAUCCCAGAGUUCGUGGAGUUGGAGACGCAGCAGACAGGUCGACCUAUCCGUGAGAUGCGUGCCCAGUUGGCACGCAUACCGGAGUGGUUGGAGUACUUUGCCUCAUUGGCUCGUGUUCAUGAGGGACGGGUCACGCCAUUCAAGGGACCAGUCAUCAACACCCUCACCCGCCUGCCGCUCGGCGUGGUGGUGCAGAUUACGCCCUGGAAUCAUCCCCUUCUCAUAGCGACAAAGAAGAUGGCAGCGGCCCUUGCGGCGGGAAAUGUGGUGGUGGUCAAACCGUCCGAGCUUGCGCCAUUGUCGGUCUUGAGGCUCGGGGCUUUGUUUCAGGAGGCUGGACUGCCAGAUGGAACCCUGCAGAUCGUAUGCGGCUAUGGACGUGACACGGGCAAAUUCUUGUGUGAGAAUCCCUUGGUGGCGAAGAUUGAUUUGACCGGCGGAAUCGCCACGUACAGGGCUAUUGCGUCGAGAGCUGGAGAAAACAUGAUCCCGAUAACAGCUGAGUUGGGUGGGAAAGCCCCGGUAUGUCUUCUCCCGAGCCUGGAUGUCGGGCACGCCGUCAGGGCUGCCCUCUUCACCAGUUUCAUUGCCAGUGGUCAGACUUGUGUGACUGGGAGUCGUCUGCUCGUGCACACAGAUAUUUACGAUCGAUUUGCGGUAUUGUUGCAGAGCCGAGUCAAAGCCCUGCGGGUAGGCGAUCCACAGGAAUCACAGACGCAGAUCGGAGCCGUCAUCUCGGAAGCGGCUCAAGCGAGAUGUGCCGCUUUCGUGGACCGUGCCGUAAAGGAGGGCGGCACGAUCCUCUGCGGCGGCAACGCGACCACAGUGGCGGGCAAGGGGUUUUUCUUCGAGCCCACCAUUAUUGAAACACGCCAUGGCUCCGACCUAUCCUGCAAUGAAGUCUUCGGUCCAGUCAUCGCGCUCGUCAGAUGCGAGUCCGAGGAGGAUAUCAUUCGUAUAGCCAAUGAUAGCCACUUUGCAUUGGGAGCGUCGGUCUGGACGAACGACUUCUCGCAGGCACACCGGAUGGCGGAAGAUAUUGAUGCCGGCAUUGUAUGGAUCAACGGGCAUCACUUGAACGAUCCCUCGUCGCCGUGGGGAGGGUUCAAAGAGAGCGGAAUGGGAAAGGAGAACGGCGUGGAAGCCUAUGAGAGUUACACAAAGGUCAAGAGCACCGUGAUCAAUUAUGGCAUCCCCCCUGCGUGGUUCGACGAGGAGAGUGAGAAUGCACGGUACGGGUGA